AUGUCAACAAGGAUUAAUCAAGUGAAAUACAAACCUCCUGGUAUCAACCAGAACAAAAUAUCUAUCAAGCGAAACUCUAGUAACAGAGUUUCUGGGAAUAGAUGGCUUGGUCGAACUUGUGGAUUCAGGCUCCUGAAAAGAUCAAUAAUAAUGUCACCUGUUAAAUUUAUCAAGCAUCUGGGAGGGAAGGUCGCAAAAGCUCUGUGUUUGGGGAGGCGAUCUUCACCUAGAGUUUCUUCUUCUUCAGGAAGAUCAAGACCAUCUUUAGCUCCUAUUGAUACUCAUAGAGCUGAAGCCAUAGAAGAUUGCAUUGAGUUCAUCAACUCUUCUUCUUUGCCUAGGUCAAGUUCUGUUUCUGCAAAUCCUAGCAGGCAUAAUGGAGAAACCAAUUUUGAAGAUGCCCCGGACAGGCAGAUUACUACCAUAGGAUCAGUAAAAGAAAGGGUCUCUGUUGAGAGAGCGGUUGGUGAUUGGAAUGCUGAGUUUAAUAGGGCUAAAGUGACACGGAUCAAUGCGUCCUAG